UUACGCCUACAGUUUAUUGUGAAGAAACAUUUGGAGGGAAAAGCACGCAGUUCUUGUAUUGUCCUGUGCGGUACAAUUUACCAAAAUGAGUGCUUCAUCGACAACCAGCAUAAUACCCGAGGAUUCGUCGGCGGAACAAGAGAAAGGCAAUCUUAAAGAACGAGGUAACAGCACACUGAAAGAAAACAUGCAACACGGAAGUUUUCCUGCAAACACAAGGGAAUUGCUAAAAGGAUUUUUAGAACCUAUGUGGUUGAAAAUUUCGUCCAAAUCGACACAAACUGUCAGUCAAGCCGAGGUGGACAUCACGGCGGAAGACCCCUGCCAGGAUUACUGGUUGUCUUUAGCGGAACAUCGACGAAUAGCACUAGAACAAACGUUGGCUGAAAACGCAGGUCUUCACAUCACUGCAUGUGAAUUGCAAAGUCAAGUAGAAAAAAACAAUGUCCUUAAAAGAGAACUGCAGAAUGUUAAUGACACGCUCAUGGAUUUGCUAGGGGACGAUAUUAUGGACCCUACACGUGGUGAAUGGGAUCCGGUGGAUGAUAGUGGUGUUGUCCAAGGCAAUGAUUCAUGCAUGGAGUAUUAGCUUAUUUAUAUUUCUCUAUUCUCAAUUACUUUGGUGCCAUCAUCUUACGAUAUUCAGUUUCAUUCAAACAAAAGAAUUUAUAACAGCGCGUUUCCUAUCGAACUAGUUAUGUCAAAACGCUCUGGAUUUGAACUCCCACCAACAAUCAUACAUGAUUGUCUAUUCUAUGCAAAGUAUGCACGUUGAAAUGAGCAUUACUACAAUACAUGCUAUAUUUCUUUUUUUUAUAUAAUAAAUAAGCGUUUGUUAUACAAAGAGUCAAAGAUACAUCAGCCUGGUGAAGACAUUGUUUAUGUUAGGAACUAUCGAUAAACCGCUUAAAACGAUAGCAAUCAUGAAAAUGCACUUCAUGUUCAUUAUCUUUGUAGCGUUACAUGGUGCAUGAGACUUAUUCAUGUGAUGCUGGAUAGUAUCGUACGGAAACCUACCGGAAGUAUUCGGCCCUGAAGGUCCGCCGUUUAGGGCUUAAGAGAGCAAAUCUAAAAGGAUCGAUUGUUGCCUU